UCUUAGUUAUUUCUAUAUUGCUCCUUGUGCCGUAAGGUGUUGGGUUAAGUCCCGCAACGAACGCAAUCCUCAUGUUUAGUUGCCAACAUUUAGUUUGGAAUCCUAAACAGACUACCGGUGAUAAGUCGGAGGAAGGUGAGGAUAACGUCAAGUCAUCAUACCCCUUAUGUCCUGGGCGACACACGUGUUACAGUGGACGGGACAAAGGAUCACGAUCCCUCAAGGAUGAACUAACUUAAAAAACCCGUCCUCGGUUCAAAUUGUAGGACAGAAAACAACUGAAAAAAAAAAACAACACAGAAAUCAAUUUCAGAUAGAGUAGGUACACGUACAGCCACACAAGUCUGAAAUUCGGGACAAGAAAGGAAAACAAAGCCCCCGCACCCUCUCUUGUCCUAUUCGAUAAAACAAAUCAAAAUUCGGAAAUUCUUUCUAGUUAUUUUGGGUUGGGUUUUGAAAUAGUAUUAUUAUUAUUAUUAUUAUUUUCUGAUGAAGCAUGAGAGUGAAAAAAGGUGAAAAAAUGAAAAGAGAGAAAGCAUACCUUAGGAGGAAGAUGUCAUGGUCAGCAAGAAGAGUAGUGAGGUUCCUUGUGACUGCCUUAUUCAUCAUAACCGCAGCAGAAGCAACAAACUCUGAUGCGCUUCUAUUGAUACACUUCAAGCACUUACACGUUUCCUCCGAUCCCUUCAACUUUCUCUCCGACUGGGACCCGCACGCGCCAUCUCCAUGCGCGUGGCGUGCUAUCACCUGCUCCUCCUCCUCCGGCGACGUCACCUCCAUCGACCUCGGCGGCGCCUCCCUCUCCGGCACCCUCUUCCUCCCCAUUCUCACGUCCCUUCCCUCUCUUCAAAACCUAAUCCUCCGUGGCAACUCCUUCUCCUCUUUCAACCUCACCGUUUCUCCACUUUGCACUCUCCAAACACUCGACCUCUCUCACAACAACUUCUCCGGCAAGUUUCCCUUCGCAGACUUUGCUCCCUGUAACCGCCUCAGCUACCUCAACCUCUCUAAUAACCUCAUCACCGCUGGGCUUGUGCCUGGGCCUGGGCCCUGGCCCGAGCUGGCCCAACUUGACUUGUCCAGAAACCGCGUCUCCGACGUGGAACUUCUCGUCUCCGCUCUCGGAAGCUCAACUCUCGUUUUACUUAACUUCUCCGACAACAAACUAACGGGUCAACUCAGCGAAACGCUCGUUUCGAAGAGUGCGAACCUCUCAUAUUUGGACCUCUCUUAUAACGUUCUCUCCGGGAAGGUUCCGUCGAGGCUUCUAAACGACGCCGUUCGGGUCCUCGAUUUCUCGUUCAACAAUUUCUCGGAAUUUGACUUCGGUUUCGGUUCGUGCAAGAAUCUAGUUCGGUUGAGUUUCUCGCACAAUGCAAUCUCUUCGAACGAGUUUCCGCGCGGGUUGAGCAACUGCAACAAUCUUGAAGUUCUAGAUCUUUCUCACAAUGAGUUCGCCAUGGAGAUUCCAUCAGAAAUUCUUGUCAGUUUGAAGAGUUUGAAGUCUCUGUUUCUCGCACACAACAAGUUUUCCGGCGAAAUUCCGAGUGAGCUUGGAGGCCUUUGUGAAACUCUUGUUGAACUUGAUCUCUCCGAGAACAAGCUUUCUGGUUCGUUGCCUUUGAGUUUCACUCAGUGUUCUUCUCUGCAGAGUCUUAACCUCGCGAGGAAUUUUCUCUCUGGGAACUUGCUUGUUUCCGUGGUGAGCAAGCUUGGGAGUCUAAAGUAUCUAAACGCAGCGUUUAAUAACAUGACGGGACCGGUUCCGUUGUCGUCGCUUGUUAACUUGAAAGAACUUCGGGUUCUUGACCUAAGCUCGAACCGGUUCAGCGGCAAUGUUCCAUCGUUAUUUUGUCCUUCGGAGUUGGAGAAGUUGAUCCUCGCUGGCAAUUACCUUUCAGGGACUGUACCGUCGCAGCUCGGUGAGUGUAAGAACUUGAAAACUAUUGAUUUCAGCUUUAACAGUUUGAACGGUUCGAUACCGUGGGAGGUGUGGUCUUUGCCUAAUUUAACUGAUUUGAUUAUGUGGGCUAAUAAACUCAACGGAGAAAUCCCCGAGGGGAUUUGUGUUGAGGGAGGGAACUUGGAGACUUUGAUUUUGAACAAUAAUCUAAUUUCGGGGUCCAUUCCGAAGUCGAUUGCGAAUUGCACCAACAUGAUAUGGGUGUCGUUGGCGAGCAACCGGUUAACUGGGCAGAUACCGGCUGGGAUUGGGAAUUUGAACGCAUUGGCGAUUCUUCAGCUGGGCAAUAACUCGUUGAGUGGGAGGGUUCCACCGGAGAUAGGCGAGUGCAGGAGAUUGAUAUGGUUGGAUUUGAAUAGUAAUAACCUAACUGGGGAUAUCCCUUUCCAGCUUGCUGAUCAGGCCGGGUUUGUUAUCCCGGGGAGGGUUUCGGGGAAGCAGUUUGCGUUUGUGAGGAAUGAGGGUGGGACUAGUUGCAGGGGUGCUGGUGGGUUGGUUGAGUUUGAGGAUAUUAGGACAGAGAGGCUUGAAGGUUUUCCCAUGGUGCAUUCCUGCCCGUUGACGCGGAUUUACUCCGGUAGGACCGUGUAUACUUUUGCUUCCAAUGGGAGCAUGAUCUACCUUGACCUUUCCUACAACUUGUUGUCUGGGAGCAUUCCUGAGAAUUUGGGUGAGAUGGCCUAUUUGCAGGUGUUGAAUUUGGGGCACAAUAGGUUGAGUGGGAACAUUCCAGAUAGGUUUGGUGGUUUGAAAGCAAUAGGGGUGCUUGAUCUGUCUCAUAAUAGUCUUAAUGGGUCCAUCCCUGGGGCGUUGGAGGGUCUUUCUUUUCUCAGUGACCUUGAUGUGUCUAAUAAUAAUCUCAAUGGGUCCAUUCCUUCUGGUGGUCAGUUAACUACUUUUCCAGCUUCCAGAUAUGAGAACAACUCUGGCCUUUGUGGGGUGCCUUUGCCGGCGUGUGGGGCUUCAAAGAAUCACUCGGUUGCUGUUGGGGAUUGGAAGAAGCAGCAGCCUGUUGUAGCUGGGGUCGUCAUUGGUUUGCUUUGCUUCCUCGUGUUUGCACUUGGGCUUGUGUUGGCUUUGUACCGAGUGAGGAAGGCGCAGAGGAAGGAGGAGAUGAGGGAAAAGUAUAUAGAGAGUCUUCCAACUUCUGGGAGCAGUAGUUGGAAGCUUUCCAGCUUUCCUGAGCCUUUGAGUAUCAAUGUUGCCACCUUUGAGAAGCCUCUGCGGAAGCUGACUUUUGCGCAUCUUCUUGAGGCUACUAACGGUUUCAGUGCUGAGAGUUUGAUAGGUUCUGGGGGGUUUGGUGAGGUGUACAAAGCUAAGCUGAAAGAUGGUUGUGUUGUUGCUAUCAAGAAGCUCAUUCAUGUGACGGGUCAGGGAGAUAGGGAGUUCAUGGCUGAGAUGGAAACAAUUGGGAAGAUUAAGCAUAGGAACCUGGUUCAGCUGCUGGGUUACUGUAAAAUUGGAGAGGAGAGGCUGCUUGUGUAUGAGUACAUGAAAUGGGGAAGUCUUGAGGCUGUUUUACAUGAGAGGGCAAAAGCAGGAGUUUCAAAGCUUGAUUGGGCAGCAAGGAAGAAGAUUGCCAUAGGGUCAGCAAGAGGUCUUGCAUUUCUUCACCAUAGUUGCAUUCCUCACAUUAUACACCGGGACAUGAAGUCCAGCAAUAUUCUUCUUGAUGAAAAUUUUGAGGCCAGAGUUUCUGAUUUUGGCAUGGCGAGAUUGGUUAAUGCCCUUGACACUCAUCUCACAGUCAGCACGCUUGCCGGAACACCGGGCUAUGUACCCCCAGAGUACUACCAGAGUUUUAGAUGUACAGCAAAAGGGGAUGUCUAUAGCUAUGGUGUCAUAUUGCUAGAGCUUCUAUCAGGAAAGAGACCAAUUGACUCUUCUGAGUUUGGUGAUGACAGCAAUCUUGUUGGAUGGUCUAAGAAGCUUUACAAAGAGAAACGAAUUAACGAAAUAAUUGAUCCUGAUUUAAUUGUGCAGACAUCUAGUGAAAGUGAACUAUUACAAUAUUUGAGAAUUGCUUUUGAAUGUCUGGAUGAGAGACCAUACCGGCGGCCAACUAUGAUACAAGUGAUGGCUAUGUUUAAAGAGCUUCAGGUUGACACAGAUAAUGAUAUGCUUGAUAGCUUCUCUCUCAGAGACAAUGUUAUUGAUGAAGCUUGAGAAGAGGAUCUUUUCUACAAGACUCAAAGCCCUUUGACAGUUGAGAAGGAAAUAAAGAGGUUCUCAAAAUUUGGAGUGUUGCUGACUAAGUUGACAAUUCUGGUGACACUGAUCUAUAUCUAUCCUAUCUGAAAUUGGAGGAGGGUUCUUUCACCUUUUUUUGAUGUAUAUAAGACACUUAAUGAGACCAAGAGAUCAAAGGCAAUCAUGGAUUGAAUUGAAGGUUGAGACUUAAGGUUAUAGACAGUUUUGUAUGCUUCUUUUUUGCCGAUCUAGUGUUCAGCCACUUGAAAUUGGUAGAUAUAUAUGUAUUUUUCCUAUGAACUUCACACACUCCAUCAUCAAUGCCACUUUUGCUGAUCACUUCAAUAUUUUGUUUGCCAUUUCCAUUGGGUUCUGAUACUACCACAGUUUUGCUCA